GACACGGACUUCCGGGGCCGGCAUUGUAUCCUGCCCUGGUGGUCGGCCGUGGGCAGCGUGGUUGGUGGGUCCCGGACUCGGGCUUAAGAAGUCCAUCUCUUGAACUCGAUCGCCUGCGCGGAGCUUGGGGAGGACCUGCAGAAAUCGUCCCUGGACGUGAGGAGGAGGAAGAUGAUCGGAGCCUGAGCGACCCGCUUUCAGCCUCUACCCGUAAGGGCAGCCCCUGGGUGGGGUGAAGCGCCCCUGUCUCUAUCCUGUUUGCUACCCCUGUGUGGGCCACUGACUGCAGGAUGAACUGUCGCUCCGAGGUGCUGGAGGUGUCGGUGGAGGGGCGGCAGGUGGAGGAGGCCAUGCUGGCCAUCCUGCACACGGUGCUUCUGCACCGAAGCACGGGCAAGUUCCACUACAAGAAGGAGGGCACCUACUCCAUUGGCACCGUGGGCACCCAGGAUGUUGACUGUGACUUCAUCGACUUCACCUACGUGCGUGUCUCCUCUGAGGAGCUGGACCGUGCCCUACGCAAGGUUGUUGGAGAAUUCAAGGAUGCACUGCGCACCUCUGGUGGCGAUGGGCUGGGGCAGAUGUCCUUGGAGUUCUACCAGAAGAAGAAGUCUCGCUGGCCUUUUUCAGAUGAGUGCAUCCCCUGGGAAGUGUGGACAGUCAAAGUGCAUGUGGUAGCCCUGGCCACAGAGCAGGAGCGGCAGAUCUGCCGAGAGAAGGUGGGUGAGAAGCUCUGUGAGAAGAUCAUCAACAUUGUGGAGGUGAUGAACCGGCAUGAGUACCUGCCGAAGAUGCCCACACAGUCAGAGGUGGACAACGUGUUUGACACAGGCUUGCGGGACGUGCAGCCCUACCUCUACAAGAUCUCCUUCCAAAUCACUGACGCCCUGGGCACCUCGGUCACAACCACCAUGCGCAGGCUCAUCAAAGACACGCUGGCCCUCUAGGCCUUGCUGUGGCAUUGGGUGCUCCUUGGUGGCUCGCAGACCUUGGCUUUCGGGGAUUGUACUUUUAGGCCCUUGGGGCUCUGGAACCUGCUCCAGGUCCUUGAUGAGACUUGGAAGGGCCAUCCCCUGACUUCCUUGAUGUGUGGUUGCCAGUCUAGUCAUUCUCGUAACCGUCACUGACGGUCAAGUCUGGCCUACAUGAUCUUACCACACCCCUGGUGGGGUCCCCCUUCUCCACUGUACAGAAGUGCCAUCGCUAGGAUGGUGAAUAAAGUUAAGAAUGUUAGUUUGGGUUGA